AUGGCACGAACCAGGUCGUCUCCAUUCACUGCCUUCCUGGAUUCCUGUGCUGCAAUGUCCUUGGCCUUUGCUGUCACAAUCGCAAUGAACUCAGAUGCCGAUUGCUGCACGAGUGCCUUGGCCUCCUUGGAUAUCUUCGCCACCUCAGGCACAGAUGCCUUCAUUAUUUUUGACACAUUUGCAAGGGGUAGCAACCUGUCUUUGAUCCUCAAUUCCGUCGGACUCUCCUUGUCCUUGCCAUUUAAGCUUAAAUCACCCCCAAAAUCCAACAAUCCAAAUUUACCAGUCCCAGCCCCAUUCGUCAUAGAGAAUAUCUUGCUGCUGUUUUCCAGCAUUACGCCGCCUCUCUCCUGCUGUUCCACCAGCUUCUCCUCCAAAAUGGCCAGCAUCUCGUCCAAUCCGUUGUUUUGUUUGUUUAAAUUCUGCAUAAAAUAUAAAACAACCUGA